AGUUCAGUUCGAACGAGUCAGCGAGCCGGUCAGUGACGCGGCGUGUGAGUCUUGCCGCGGUGGACAUGCGGGCGUGAUAACGUACGUGUGCACGUGACUGUGCGCGUGUGUGUGUAUGUGUGCGACGCGCGCAGCCAUGGAGCGCUACGUCGUCGCUCGCGCCGGCGUGUUGCUGUGGGCGUGCCUGCUGGCCUCUGGUUAUGCCACUGAAGAAGUGGUCAUCUUUCCCCACACAAACCAGACAGUGAUAAAGUCAGGAGAAGACAUCGAACUCGAGUGUUCCUAUACUAAGCCUGUUAACUGGGUUUUCUCAGAGAAUGUGGACAAGAAUGAAGUCAACAUUAGGCAUUGGAAAGUUGGACUUUAUUUCAAAACCCAGUUGACACUACCAGAUGCAAAGUAUUACCAUACAGGCAGUUAUGAAUGUGUCUAUAAUGGAAGUGAUUCAAGUUCAAGUGGAAAAACUUCUGACCGUAUUUAUGUAUUUGUAAAAGACACUGAUCAUUUGUUAACAAUUUCGGAAUAUGAAUUUGUUUCUGCGCCACAGUACGGUGAGGCAAUAUUGCCAUGUAUUGUGACAUCUCCUGAAGUGAAUGUGACACUAUGGAAAGAUAAUAGGCAGUUGAUUAUAGGUGUGGCGGAGAAAGAUAGCCUGGAGUGUCGCUACGAUGCUACUGUAGGAUUCACACUGUCUAACGUAAACAUCAUACAUGAUGGAAUUUAUGAGUGCCGGUCCAGACUUGGGGACCACGAACAGGAAGUCACUGUACUUCUCACAGUGCAGUUGCAUACAGACAGUGUACCAAAGCCUAUGAUAAAUAAUACAAAAAAAUCACAUGUUGAAGUGGGUGAUGUCAUAAUAAUGAACUGUACUCUGGAGGUAUUACAAGGCGUGAAAUUUCAAAUGAAAUGGGUUCACCCUGAAAUGAAAAAUACAACGGAACAUAGCAUCGAAGAGCGCUACUCUGAAGUCAAUCAACAUAAUAAAAUGCAAAGCUGCUGGAAAGUACUCGUAAUUCACAAUGCAACACGUGCUGACCAGGGAGACUACACAUGUCAAGUGUCAGAUCAUAAUGGCCAUCAGAGUAACUCUUCAACCUACCUGAAAAUAUAUGAUAAGAACACAGCGUACGUGAGGAUGUCACUUCAGGGGAAUGCACAUUCUGUGGAGGUGCGUGAUGGAGAAUCUGCUCAGUGGGUCGUCAGCAUCGAUGCAUACCCUCCUGCGGAGAUCGAGUGGAAGGGACCCUUGAGUAAAGUCAGUCUCGGGAACGGUGGGAAAUAUUACAUAACGACAGACUCGGAGCAAACAUCCUUGAACAUCACCCCGGUAAUCAUCGAGGACACUGGAGAUUAUCGUGUGAUCGCGAGAAACAACGCUGGGGAAAAAGAGAUUACAGUUCAUUUGACUGUGCUGGAUCGUCCAAUGGUAGAGAUACCAUCACAUGGAUACUUCAUGUAUAAUCGUGCGUACAGAAUCAACUGUUCUGUUCUUGGGUUUCCAAAGCCUACGGUCGCAUGGUCUUACCGCGAAUGCAGUUUACCACAUGAGUGCUACAGUCACAAGUUUGUUGAUUAUGACGUGAGCUUGUACACACCCCUCACAAUGCAGGAAAGUGAUAGUACAUCGUGGAAGUCAUCACUCUUCGUGCCAGCUGGCCAUGAGUCCGGACAAAUCAAGUGCGUGGCCAACAAUUCUGAAGGAGAUGGAAACAGUACCAUCAGCUACAUUGUUACAGACGUGCCGUUUGGUGACGACGGGAUCUGGCUGACUGUGGCCGGAGUGGAUUUUGAGUUGGAGCAGCAGCCAGUGGAACAAGACGACGUCUUUCUGCACUGUGGGGUUUCUGUCGCAAACUACACCCGUGAAGUUCUGUGGUACAAAAACACUGAGCUCAUCACAAACAGCUCAGAAUAUGCCGUUCUUAACACCAGCACAAAAUACUCACAUCGUUCAAGCAUACACUUUCCUCGUAUCAACAAGAAACAUAAUGGCAAUUACACGUGCCAGGUGACAAAUUAUGAUGAAAAUAAUGUAAAUCAGUUCCAGUUCUCGAUUGAUAUCAGAGAUCUCCAGGCACCUAAAAUUGUCUACUCAAACAUGAAGCAGGCUGACUGGAGUAUUUUCCAAGGCGACAUGGUUUCCUGGACUUGUAAUGUGAGUGGAGCUCCGAGUCCAAGAGUAAUAUGGUACAAGAACAAUGAGCAAUUUAAAAUUGGCGUGGACAACACACAGCGUAUAACACUAGGUAAAAACAACUUUACUCUGAAAAUUACGUUCACUCGGGAAUCUGAUGAUGGAACUUACAAAUGUCUGGCGAAAAACACUGCUGGCGUUGUCUCCCAGGAGUUCAGACUUAAGAUAAAAGACAAGACCAACACCACAGGCCUGAUUGUCGGAAUAGUAAUAAUGGCAAUAGUUUUCAUUGUAGCCAUAGUAAUAUUUGCUUACAAAGUCCGUGAAGCACAGAAAUUCAAAAGAGAACUGAUAGCAGCAGGACUUAAUAAUUUUGAGAAGGGUGCGAUGGACAACUUCAACCCCGAACUGCCUAUUGACGAGCAAGCAGAUCUCCUGCCUUACGACAAGAAAUGGGAAUUCCCACGUGAUAAACUGAAACUGGGCAAGCAGCUGGGGGCCGGUGCGUUCGGAGUGGUGAGGAAAGCAGAGGCAUGGGGCAUCAUGGAAGGAGAGUCAGUCACCACCGUCGCAGUCAAGAUGGUGAAAAGUGCAGACUUUGCCUACAUCAAGGCCCUGGCGUCAGAACUGAAGAUCAUGCUGCACCUCGGGAAGCACUUGAACGUCGUCAACCUCCUGGGAGCCUGUACCAAAGACCUGAACAAAAAGGAGUUCCUGGUUAUCGUGGAGUUCUGUCGCUAUGGCAACCUGCACAACUACUUGAUGAGACAUCGUGAUAGAUUUAUCGAUCAACUAGAUCCUAAAACUAGAAGGAUUGACUAUUCUAUAGGAAGCGAGCUACUGGCAAGAUCCGUCUCGUUAAGCAGUACUAAGUCUAAGCUGAAGUACGCGGCCUUAUCAUUCUCUGAUCGCAGCGGUGGCCGCAACUCGUCAGGAGAAGGAACCAGCUACCUGGAGCCCUCGUCUCCUGCUCCGCGGAGCCCAGGACUGGACUCUGACUUGACGGUGUGCAUGACCCCCACAGGCGAUGAGGAGAGCCCGAUGCUGAGCAACAACAGCGUGCAGCCGGGCUGGAGGUCCAACUUCCACGGCGACUAUCCGCACGGCAACAUCUCCGCCAUCUUCACCAGGGACCUGCUGUGCUGGGCCUUCCAGGUGGCGCGCGGCAUGGAGUACCUCGCAGGCCGCAAGGUCAUGCAUGGGGACCUUGCUGCUCGCAACAUUUUGCUUGCCGACGACAACAUUGUCAAGAUCUGUGACUUUGGGCUGGCCAAAAGCAUGUACAAGUCAGACAACUAUAAGAAGAAAGGAGACAGUCCUUUGCCAGUCAAAUGGAUGGCUAUAGAGGCAAUAAGAGACAGAGUAUUUUCCACUCAGUCCGAUGUGUGGUCCUUUGGAAUUGUACUGUGGGAGUUUUUUUCACUUGCAAGAACUCCAUAUCCAGGGAUGGAAGCAGACGAGAAACUAUACAAUAACCUGCUGAAAGGUUACAGGAUGGAGUGUCCUCAGUACGCCACACAAGAAGUGUACCAGAUGAUGCUGGACUGCUGGCAGGCACAGCCAACCCAGCGCCCCUCCUUCACCGAGCUGUCUGAGCAGCUGGGAGCCAUGCUCGAGGAGAGCGUGCGAGCCCAUUACAUUGACCUUAAUGACCCCUACACGGUCAUGAACACCCAGAGGCUUCAAGACCACAGCGACUAUCUCAGCAUGAUGGCUGCUCCGACGUACGACAACUUGAUGUCUCCGUCGUGUGAGGAGCCAGAACAUUUCUAUGUUAACAGUUGUACAGCAGCCAACCAGAUGGCCCAAGCAAUGGAUGAUGGUGGCGGGUACCUUAAAAUGAAGGCAGCGCCUUCCCAAGAGACUGUAAUAUUCAGUCCACGAGCUGGCUCUGUGAAAGGGAACAUCUUCACCUUCGCCACGCCGCCUGCGCAGAAGAAGAAAACGUCUGGCGAAGUCCAGACGAAGGAAGCGAUGCCCAUGUUGGACAACCUGAGUCCCGACUCGGACCGGGACGCACCGGUGAAUAACCUGAACAAAGACGUGGAGCACAACCUCACUCCUAUCAAGGAAAUGAAGAUCACAAACGACCUUAAGCUACCUUGUGCACCGGAAGGAAAAGCGCAGUGCUUCGCCAACCCAAACUAUGUGGGCCAAAUAAAGCAGAUCUCUGACAGUAAUUAUGUAAACAUCGCGCAAGAAAAUAAAGAUGCCCAUUUGGGCAAAGAUAAAACUGGAGUGAUAGAUGACGAAUCCCAGAAUCAAAGUCCAAACUAUUUGUUCAUGGGUAAAAACAGUAAUGUAAAUAGAGGCCUGGAAUCACCAAAGUCAUUUGCCAAUCCUAAUUAUGUAAGUAAUGGUGUCAAUAAAAAAGAAAGAUAUGUGCAAUUAGUAAAAUAAUAAAUAAUCAUAGGAUUAUUAAUGUACAGUCACUGUUUUUGUACACAUAAUUUUUAUAUUUUGUACUUUUUUAAUAUCAUGAACGUAAUAUACUUAUGAAAUAAUGCUUACAUUCAAUGCAGUAUAUUGGUGGAAAAAACCUUUUAAAAAAUGGUGAAAAUCGAAAGUUGUGAGAUUUGUGUGGAAGGUAGUAAAGUAGAAGAAAUGAGCACAAACCCAGAAUUGCUUUAUUAUGCAUUAUUCAUAAUAAACUGUUCACUUUGUGUUGGGUCAUUGGUUUCAGUACCUAUGUAUAUUUAAACAAUCCAUUCAAUUUAAUGUAAUUACUGUAUUUACCCAAAAAUAAUACUACUCUGAAUAUAAUGCAGUCCCAAACUUUCUGAUUAUGAGUUUAUGAAAAACACUUUCUGGGGUGAAAAUCACAACCUGAACAUACGGAAACUAAAAGUUAUUUAAAUUGGUAAAUUUAUACUAUCUUUAUUACAGCUUUUCUGGUGCCACUUUCAACAGUAGAAUGAUUAACAUGACUUUUUUUUUUGAAACGGAAAUGCAAUUUUUUUUUUUCAAGUCAAAAGCCAUUAGUCAGAAAGCAAAGAAUGCUGCGAUAUGUGGUGGUCGGCUGGGAGUGGGGGAGAGAGAGAAGAGAAGGGGUUCCUUGGCCAGCAGCCUCAGUGAACCGACCCUCCCUCCCUUCACGGCAUCCCGUCUCACCCACUUUCGUGACCCCUAAGGUUCAGAAAGCCAAUAAUAACAAGAGCUUACUAAAGUGGCAUAAGUGACACAGUACACAGAUCGUGUAGUUUUUCAACUGAGCAGAAGUUCAGGAGGCAGUAAUUAACAGCAGUCUUAAUGUGGCAUAAGUGAUGCAGUUACGAGGCAGAGCAUAUGGUUUUUUUAAUUAAGCAGUUCCCAUCGUUGUUAAUUCAUAUCUUCCAAUGGCAAGAUACAAGUUUAGGUUCAGCAUUUUCUGUAAACAUCAUUGCAUUAUAUUCAGGUAUGGUACAUUCCAUAUACCUCCAAACAUUGCAGCUGUAGUCAAUAGUAUUAAGGUCUUAGGAAAGAAAAUCCACCAACCUCCAGUAAUUAUGAGCACUUCGACUCUGUCCAUUUUACAUAAUGAAAAGUAGCUGACAAGAGACAUACCUCUUGUGAUUUUUGAUUAAAUGUAAAAUAGGUUUAUAUUUUAAUUUGAAGCCUACUAAAAUUCUAAAUUUUUAAAUCUGUACGAACAAUAGAGCCAUAUGGUCUUGAAAUCCGGAAUUUAUUGAAUGCCAGUGAGCUGAAUAUUUCCUUUGUAUUUUUUCAAAACUUUGUCAUCACCCAAAACAACAACAUAGGUUUAUUACAAAACUUUAAAAUACUUUUUUUUUUGCUCUUGUUUUACAUAAUAUAUUUGAUAUAAUAAACUUAAGUCUGCAGUAAAGACAGAUAAUCACAGUACUGACUUGUGUAUAAAACUUUCAUUGUAGAAAAAUAAUGAAUGUUAUAAGAAUUCAACUUGACUAAUUUUUUCUUUCAUGCAAAAAUUUAUUGCCUUGGGCACCACAAAACCUUUUAUCUCCAAGUCACUUUUCAGCCAUUAUUCCAUUUGGAUUGUUAGCUAUCAGUGGUAGAAAACUACUAUAGUCAAAUAUUGAUACUGACAGAUGCAAUAAGUUAUUUGUAAAUGCAUGGAUGAGUUCUGCUUCAGAGGCGAAUCCAAAAAGGAGAGGGUGUGAGGCAUGGGGGCAUAUGUUCACUCCCUUCUCUCCCGAAGGAUAAAUAUGCACCGGAUAAUAUGACUUCUGAAGUAUUAAACAGGUAUUAUACUAGGUCCAGACUACCGGUGGUCCCCCCCCCCCCCCCUUUUUUUUUCCGUCACAGAAGUCAAACCUGGAUCAGCCGCUGUUCUGCUUGUGUGUGAAUGAAGUGAUUUCCUAAGUCAUUGUCAAAUGUAUACUAUGUAAGUAAUUACUGUUAUAGGCUUGUGCAUAUACCGUAUAUACUCGUGUAUAGCGCGCCCUUUUUUCCCCUCAAGUAAAGGAAAAAAAUAAAGAUGCGCGCUAUACACGGAAAAAAAAAGUGUGAAGGUGGGAGGCGGGGAGGAGUGGAAGUCGUUAACUGCCGGGUGACGGGGUGACGUUUCUGGCCAGCCCCCACACAUCCGCACAAGCAACAAGGCCUCUCUUUCACACACACACGCACACACACUCACAACCUGGUCUCUCGCGCGCGCAAGCUCGCACAUCAUGGUCUCUUGUUUAUUUUUAGACCUCCCCCUUUUCAGAUAGCCAGCUCAGAAGCUAGUAAAAAAAAAGAGAGAGAAUGUUGUCGCCAGUUCCCCCCCCCCCCCCCCACCUGGCCCCCUUUCUUCGCUUUCUCCAUUCCUCGUCUCAGCAGCGACCGGUGAGUCAUCUAGUUCUCCGCGCCAGCUCAGAAACGUAGCGCGGCACGCCUGCCUCCCUCCUUCCUCCCACGUACCAGUUGUGACGAUACAGCGCUUCAUUAUCUUCCGUCUACACAGCAGAGUUUAAGUAUUUUCCUGACGCAUCACCACACAUCGAUUUAAAUAAUCAGGUACCACAAAAUGUUAGUAAAAUUUAUUUAUGGGAAAAAAAAUUUCAAUUUUUUUUCCUUUGGAAUUUGUUGCAAAAAUCGUGGUGCGCACUAUACACGAGGGCGCGCUAUACACGAGUAAAUACGGUAUGUGUGAGUGAACUACAUACUGUCUCAUCUAACUUGUCUCAAUUAUGACAGUUCUCAAAGUAGUGCCAAUGGUCUACAUAUCCUUCCAUCACUGUUGUUCUGUUGACAUUGUUUGUAAACAACCUCAUGCGUUUAUCAGUGUUUGUACACAAAUAUCACGUGUUUCUUUGCAAGCAACAGUUUGGAAACAGGUAAUACUGGUACUACCUUUUGAGAACUCCAAUUUGAGACAUGUUACAUGGCACAAUGUAAAUUUAGCCUAGUUUAUAGUAGUGUAUGCUUUUAAUUUGUAUCAUCAAUAUGUAUUUAACUGUUCUAAAAUAUGCUUUCUUUGAUUAUUUUAUAAAAUAAUACAAAAACCUUGAAUCUGAAAUUAGAGCUUACUAACUUGCCAGUUUUUAGAGGUAAUUAUGUUGUAUGGUAAGAAAGACAAUAAUGUUCGCAGAACUUCUUAAAAAAAUUCUUGUACAAAAAAUUAAAAGCAAAUGACAAAUUUGGUGUUAUCAACAUCACCAAGCUUUUAGGUAUGAAUAAUUGUGAUGGAAUGUAACUUAAAUCACUAGAUUGAGAACUAUGUAUAUUUCAUAGUUAAAUUUAAAGAAUAAAACACACCCUAGUGAACAACUGUUUCCUCCAUUGUGUCAAAUCAUACUAAUUCUCUUGUGUACAAAACUAAAUCAUCCAUGUACCUAAGCUUUGUUGCCCCAUUUUGUUAGUAUUUUUGAUAGAACGUGAUGUGCUGGUCGCAAAUUCACAUGACUGUACUUAUACACUCAUUGGACAAAUUACUAUGUUAAAGAUAGUGUCCAGUGUUAGUGUUAUUUUAUUAGAGAAUUCCUGUAAUUUGUAGCUUGACUGUUUGUUAUUUGCAAGCAAGCUAGGAAGUUGAGUUACUUAUUCUGAGUGUCUUUUAAAUUUAACUUAUAUUUUUAUUAGUUCUGUAUAAAAUAUUUUAAAAUUAUUUUUUCAUGGCUUUUACUUAGUAGUUGUGCUGCUGGGUUGAACAAAAACUGCUUUUAAUAAUAUGUUGGUUUUUCUAAUUUGAACUAUAUUUAUGAGAAACUGAAAAUGAAGGAUUUUAUAGGAAAAAGCACAAAAAUAUGUGGCCUUUUAUGCUGAGAAAAAAAUAAAACUUCAAUAUCCAUAAACAAAAUUUGAAGGUUUAUUUUCUGCACCUUAGAUUACAGUGUGUAAGUUCUUGUUUUUGCCUUGGUACAUUAUUAGCUAAUGCCAAAUACUGUAGAACUCAAUACCGGACACUCUUAUAGAAAUUGUUGAAACCACUGUGAUCAGUGAUCCUAACGAGAGUUGUUAGGUACUUGGGAUUGAAGGGAUUUGUUAUGGUUAUGAAUUUUUGGUAAAUAUUAAAACAUUUAGAGUAUAUUUGUGCAAACAAAAAUGAAGACAAAUUUAUAUGGCUCCAAAGUGUCUACUUAAUAUAUCAAUAUUUGCAUAAUGAAGAAUAAUGUGUGAUAAUUUGACCUUUUUUCGAGUUUGUGAUCUCGGAAUGUUUACCAUGAUGUUAAAUCAGUGUUGAAAUCAGUUGGAAUAUACUUAUAAUGGAUCUGAUGCACUGCAAAACUAACAUGAUAUGUGCUGUUUAUGGGCGUAAUAGUUACAGAGUGCAAAAGAAUGCAAAAUCAUUCUAUUAAUUUCCAAAAACUGACAUGCUUGCAAACCUAGCUCACUCUGUAAUGUUUUCCUUGGAAAAGUAUUAAAUAAUUUGAAGUGCCUGUUGAUCAUAAAAACAUUAAAUAAUUAAUGAAGAUUUGAAAAAUAAAUGAUUAAAUAUGUAAUUAACAAUGAUUUGAAAAAUAAAUAUGUGUUUAUUUUUCAGGUAUCACUGUUUCCAUUAAGCAUUAUGCCAAAAAGUUUAUGAAUAGUUAUGUUAAAAACAAAUUACAGGAAGCUUUUAUUGGUUACAAUCCUACACACACUUUUAACAAUA